AUGUUGUGGCCAGGUUGGCUGAGUGUUUGUACUUGUUCAUCAUUAGAGGACUUCAUGAUUGCGUUAUCUUCGGAUUGGCUCUUUCUUUUAUCUUCAUCUUAUUCUUCUUCAUUUUGUCCUCCUCCCUCUUUUACCCAUUUCUUCUUCUUCUUCUUCUUCUUCUUCUUCUUCUUCUUCUUCUUCUUCUCAUCCUCCCCUCCUUCUUCUUCUUCUUCCUCUCCUCCUCCUCCCCUUCCCCUCCUUUUUCUUCUUCUCCUCUUCCUCCUCCUCCUUCUCAUCCUCCUCCUUCUUCUUCUCCUCCCCUCCUCCUCCUUCUUCUUCCUCUCCUCCUCCUCCUUCUUCCUCUCCUCCUCCUUCUUCUUCUUCUCCUCCCCUUCCCCUCCUCCUUCUUAUUCUUCUUCUUCUUUUUUUACUUUUUUCUUCUCGCUCUCUCGCCCUUCAUAUUUUCCAUCUUUUUUUCUUUCUUUUUUUCUUCUUCACUUUUUACUUUCUGCUUAUUCUUUUUUUAUUUUUUGCCUCGACCCACCUUUUUUUUUUCAUUCUUUUUCUUCCUUGCCUUUUUCCUCCUACUCAUUCCUAUUGUUUCCCUUUCUUUCCCUUUAUCUUUCUACCUAUUCUUCUUCUUCUUGA